AUGGCGAACGCUAACCUGACUCCGAUGCCGUUUGUGCGAAAAUUCGGAUCUACCAGUACAACUGUAACUACCACAACUGACACAGAUAGCCCAUUAUCAAAAGAUGAUGAGUCAGGUAAAAAACCUUCACUUGCUUCCCUAGCACAGUCAGCGUUCCCAUCAAGAUACGACCCGAACGCCUUUGUAGAUAUAUCAGGUGCCGCAAUAUCUGCCCCCGCAGUCACGGGAGCAUGCAAAAGAUGUGGAUAUCCGGGUCAUCUAUACUUCCAGUGUCGAAAUCACAUUGAAGUACGUCCAAAUGUAUCGACAAAAGCGUACGAGGUCAGUUCGACAUCAUCUGAAUCAAGUGACGACGAGACUCCGCUCAUUGCUUUGGAAAAGCAGCGGAAAAAGGAGAAAAAGCUGAAAAAGAAGGCGAAAAAAGAAAAGAAGAAGGCGAAGAAACUCGAGAAAAAGGAGAGAAAGAAGGAACGGAAAGAGAAGAGAAGGCGACGAGAUGAUUCUGAUGAUAGUAGUGAUUCUGAUGAGGAAGAGGAUAGAAAAAGGAAGAAGAGCAAGGAAAGUAAAAAGGAAAAAAGAAAACGCCGUCAUUCUUCCUCAGAUGAUAGAUCAGCUUCUUCCGAUUCUGAUGAUGACUGUCGUGACUCGAAACGUCACCGUAGAUCAUAAUCGUGUAAUAUUGAUAUUUUAACUCUAAAUUUUUAUUCCGACAGUAACCACCUCCACAUUAAUAUUUUCUCUAUUCAAAUUUCUAUUGUUUCUCUUGUGUCAAAAAGUCCCCAUAGUGAAGUUACUAAUUAAAUUAAAAACAAAAAAUUUUAUAACUUAUUUCGACUUCACUUUAAUCAAAAAUUUGAGAUCUUUAUUGAAUUUCUGUGACUUGUAUUUGUUCCAAAUGAUCUGUUAUUUUUUUUCUUCUUGUUUUUCAAUUACGAAUAAAUUGUAUUUCAU